GUGCUUUAGGCAAGGCAUAUGGACGAUCGAUAUGCUUAUCUAUCUUUGAACUAUGUAAUCGUAUAGACCGUACGUGUUUAUGGAUGUUUCAAUGGUUGACAGCUGUCAAUUGCACGUAGGUUGGUAGUGAAUCACGACAUUGGCAGCGGAACUAGGUGAAGACUCACUACGACAGUUAAAAGCGGUUCAUGCCUUGUGACUUUCCCCUUAGACAAACCUAAUCAAGCACUCGCUUUUUGGCCUCCAACUUUUGUGCUGGUCCAACAUAGGUAUCGCACAUCAUCACCUACUCUUUUGUUCAGAUGUCCAGGUAUUUUUUCGAUAUAACCGGCAUGGCGUCCAGCUCCGUCAGCCAGGAGGAUUUUGACAAUGACUUCGAGUUAACGUCCAGGAGAUCUAGAAUCAGAACCGCACGGGCACGAGUGGUACCACCCAGAACAGGAGAUUCUUCUUCCAUAAACUUUCAAAAGAGUGCACAGAACGUGGAAGAAUCUCAAGGUGUGUGCGACACCAGUUCGAACAGUGUGCUUCCACCCGAACACGAGAAUCAGCAGAACAAGCCAAUAAUGAGGAAACAGGACAAACGAGUGACUGGCCGUGUCUUUAGUGUCGUAUCCUGUUUGCACAGGCCAACGCACAUAAACAAGGGAAAGCAGCAACGCGAUCGGCGGAAGCUUCGAGAAAAAAGACGAAGUACCGGAGUAGUACAUUUACCAUCGACGGAGAGUACAGGAGGUAGUACAGGAGAAGAUGAAGAAGAUCUUAGUGGCACUUGUCUUGAAACUAAACACAACACACAUCACAAUGAGUUCCUAGAUCAUGAACUCAUAGAAGAACGGACAGCAAAAAUGUUUACACAAAGGCGAAACAAAAGGCAUUACCGUACUUCCUACAGGUCAUGUAUAAAUAGGCACGGUUGCCACUCCGACUUGGAAGCAGAUGACGAGGAAUUCGAUUCCUUGAAUCAAUCCGACAGUGUCAAUCAAUCAGAUCAUGGGAAUCAUGAGCCUCAAACUUCUGUAAACACCGUCAAUCAGCCAAGACUAUCUACGCCAACGGGAGAUAAUCCGCACGAAUUGAUAGAACGAGCACAAGAAGAGAACAGGAGGUUGCUGUCCCUUCUGGAGGAUCGGGAUCACAAGAUAAUGGCACUUGAGGCCCGGCUGCUUCAACAGCAGCACGAAAUGACCAUAGAAAGGGAACGGCUUCGGGAGGAGAAUGCCGCGUUAAUUCGCGCGAUGGCAGCCCUGGCGAGUAAUUAACUUUCCUAUUCGCGAAACAGUUUGACCUAUCAAUCCUAACAAUCGAUUUUAGAAAAAUCGUGCAUCAGCGAUUGAGAAAGCUAUAUAUAUAUAUACGUAUAUACCAAUAGUUUGUAAGUAAUUGUGAAUUUACUUGUUAAUAAUAGCUGUGAGGAUAGCGAUGCGAUUUCAAAAAAGAAAAAAAAAAAGAGAGAAACGAUUAUUAUCUAUUAAUUAUUUACGCUGCAAAGUAAUCAGGGUAAGUUACGCAGUAUAAACAUAAAACCGGCCCUCGAUUUCUAAUAAUCGUUCUUGCAACAAGCAAUAGAAUCGUCAAAUGUACGAACAGAUGUACUUGUACUUUUAUUCGCUUCAUUAAUAGUGUUUCAUUCACGCGAAUUCCUCUUUCGUAGCGGAAAGGGGCGAGCAAUUGUUUCGCGCGUUCGCGCAUAGAGCCGAUAUCUAAUCUUGAACGAUAAAUUCGAGCAAAUAUGCUUUUCUUUUUUCGCGAUGUGACACCUUAACGGAGUAAGAGGUGCUCCAAUUUGUUAUGUCAUUGUUGUUAGGAUUGAGGAAUGUGCAAAAGUAAAUAAUGGAAAGUUUAUGCCUGAGAAUACCCGAGACUAUUUGAAUAUCGUCUUUGCGUAGUGUUUAUUAUAACUCGAACUGUACGCUGUCUGUUUUAUACUCGAAUGAAUCUAUCGGUAACGUAGUCUGUCCCGUGCAACAUUUUUUACCCGUGAAAAAAAUCUUUGCUUCGCGCGCGCGCUUACAUUGGCGUUUACGGUAGCACAAGGGGCGUAUAAUAGGACAGCACAAAACAGCAAGUCCAUAUCGAUUACCUAUGCAUUUAAUUCAAACGAACGACAGAUAUUUCGCAUAUUUCCAGCCACCGGCAGAACGAAACAUAACGAACAAGGGGAGGGGGGUUACGUCAGAAUGAAGAUGGAGCAACAAAGUUCAGCAUUGACUCCUUAAAAAUUACUAUUGCUAUUACUAUUAUCACUAGCUAUAUCGUUAUAACCUAAUGUUUACUUACAGCGAAACGUAUACUGAUAUUAUAUAACAUUUAGAAAAAAAAAAGCAGGAGACUGAGAAUGCGAGCGCAUUGUGCAUGUGUGCGAACAGAAUCGAGAGAAAGUAACAGAUCGAAUUUGUAUUUACGUACUUCAUCGUAUGCACAAUUUUUAUCCGUCAAGAAUGACAUGCUGGAAGAAAAAAAAAAAGAAAAAAAACGUGUCUGAUUAUUGGAUCUAUCGUGUGCAUAUUUCGCGGUCAUUUUUCAAUUUUUCUGUUUUCGGAAAUUGCGAUUCCGAGUAUUAUUUUCGAUUCCUUGGAUAAAGCAUGCAGGAAAGAAUGCUCGGUCUAAGAGGAUUAACCGAUUCCCAUUCGCGAGAAUUUGGAAACUUUAUUGUAUUCGAAAUUCGAUAUUUUCUGUCUAAAUAAACAUUUUCUUAAUACAUCAUAUCUUUUACAUUACGUCUGUCUACUACAACGAACAUCUUCCUUCCCUCCUUCUUCCUGUCGAUGCAAUCUGCGAGAUAGUGUUACGUACACAAGUAACAAGCAAGCGUGCGGGUUUAUACUUUUAUUCAUAAAAUAACUAAAUUUUGAUAUGAUACAAUAGUUGUCCUCGCGUAUGCACAAUUAUUUCACGUUAUAUGUAACUGUACAUUGAAAAAACGAAAAAAAAAGGCAUCCGAUCGUACGGCGACGCUUCCGCAAAAAAAAAAAAAGAAAAAAAAAACAAAAAAAAACGAUUGAUUAACUCGGUGCAGCAUCUACUAACCAUCCCAAGAGAAGUGUGUGUACGCAAUCCUGAUGCGUGCAUACCGAUGCAGAAAAACGUUGGCAAUAAAAGAAUACAUCGAUCCACGAUAA